AUGGCAGGGACUACGGGGGCCUGGGAUGGCAGGGACUACGGGGGCCUGGGAUGGCAGGGACUACGGGGGCCUGGGAUGGCAGGGACUACGGGGGACUACGGGGGCCAGGGAUGGCAGGGACUACGGGGGCCUGGGAUGGCAGGGACUAAGGGGGCCUGGGAUGGCAGGGACUACGGGGGCCUGGGAUGGCAGGGACUACGGGGGCCAGGGAUGGCAGGGACUACGGGGGUCAGGGAUGGCAGGGACUACGGGGGCCUGGGAUGGCAGAGACUACGGGGGCCAGGGAUGGCAGGGACUACGGGGGCCUGGGAUGGCAGAGACUACGGGGGCCAGGGAUGGCCGGGACUACGGGGGCCAGAGAUGGCAGGGACUACGGGGGCCUGGGAUGGUAGGGACUACGGGGGCAUGGGAUGGCAGGGACUACGGGGGCCAGGGAUGGCAGGGACUACGGGGGCCAGGGAUGGCAGGGACUACGGGGGCCUGGGAUGGCAGGGACUACGGGGGCCUGGGAUGGCAGGGACUACGGGGGCCUGGGAUGGCAGGGACUACGGGGGCCAGAGAUGGCAGGGACUACGGGGGCCUGGGAUGGCAGGGACUACGGGGGCCUACGGGGGCCAGGGAUGGCAGGGACUACGGGGGCCUGGGAUGGCAGGGACUACGGAGGCCUGGGAUGGCAGGGACUACGGGGGCCUGGGAUGGCAGGGACUACGGGGGCCUGGGAUGGCAGGGACUACGGGGGACUGGGAUGGCAGGGACUACGGGGGCCUGGGAUGGCAGGGACUACGGGGGCCUGGGAUGGCAGGGACUACGGGGGCCUGGGAUGGCAGGGACUACGGGGGCCUGGGAUGGCAGGGACUACGGGGGACUGGGAUGGCAGGGACUACGGGGGCCUGGGAUGGCAGGGACUACAGGGGCCUGGGAUGGCAGGGACUACGGGGGCCUGGGAUGGCAGGGACUACGGGGGCCUGGGAUGGCAGAGACUACGGGGGCCUGGGAUGGCAGGGACUACGGGGGCCUGGGAUGGCAGGGACUACGGGGGCCUGGGAUGGCAAGGACUACGGGGGCCUGGGAUGGAGGGACUACGGGGGCCUGGGAUGGCAGGGACUACGGGGGACUGGGAUGGCAGGGACUACGGGGGCCUGGGAUGGCCGGGACUACGGGGGCCUGGGAUGGCAGGGACUACGGGGGCCUGGGAUGGCCGGGACUACGGGGGCCAGGGAUGGAGGGACUACGGGGGCCAGGGAUGGGAGGGACUACGGGGGCCUGAGAUGGCAGGGACUACGGGGGCCUGGGAUGGCAGGGACUACGGGGGCCUGGGAUGGCAGGGACUACGGGGGCCAGGGAUGGAGGGACUACGGGGGCCUGGGAUGGCAGAGACUACGGGGGCCUGGGAUGGCAGGGACUACGGGGGCCUGGGAUGGCAGGGACUACGGGGGCCAGGGAUGGCAGGGACUACGGGGGCCUGGGAUGGCAGGGACUACGGGGGCCUGGGAUGGCAGGGACUACGGGGGCCAGGGAUGGCAGGGACUACGGGGGCCUGGGAUGGCAGGGACUACGGGCGCCUGGAAUGGCAGGGACUACGGGGGCCUGGGAUGGCAGGGACUACGGGGGCCUGGGAUGGAGGGACUACGGGGGCCUGGGAUGGCAGGGACUACGGGGGCCUGGGAUGGCAGGGACUACGGGGGCCUGGGAUGGCAGGGACUACGGGGGCCCGGGAUGGAGGGACUACGGGGGCCUGGGAUGGCAGGGACUACGGGGGCCAGGGAUGGCCGGGACUACGGGGGCCUGGGAUGGAGGGACUACGGGGGCCAGGGAUGGCAGGGACUACGGGGGCCUGGGAUGUUAGUAUUGUUUGUCUGCGGAAUAGCAAUUCUGCAGACAUUCAGCUUCAGCAAUGAAGCUGAAUAA